CAAAGUCAACAAUCACACAAUUUAAAAUGAAGAAAGAAAUCAUAUGGUGGGUUUGGCUAUGGCCUAUGGGCAAGCUAAGAGAAAGAUAAAUGCUAAUUUUCACACAUAGCUUCAUUGGCUCGUCGACCAUGGCCGCCACUGUCAUCGAAUUCCUCCUUCUUCUUCUCUCUGUCUCAGUUUUCUUUCAUUCCAUUUCCGGCCAGAAUCCUUCAGAUGGUCGUAGUUUCAGGUUUCAUCAGUUUAGACUGUGGAAUUCCUCCGAACAGCAGUUAUAUAGAGCCGAACACAAACAUAAACUACGACUCGGACGCAGCGUUCAUAAACAGUGGAACAAUCCACAACAUAUCAUCAGUAUACGUAAGAAGCACACUCAAACAACAACUAUGGAGUUUAAGAAGCUUUCCGGAGGGGGUGAGAAACUGCUACAAAGUGAGAGUGAAAUCCGGCACCAAGUAUUUGAUACGAGCAAGUUUUCUGUACGGCGACUACGACAGUCAGAAAAAGAUUCCUGGCUUCGAUCUUUACUUUGGACCCAACUUUUGGACUUCUGUAAAGCUGGACGCCAUGAACACCACCGAGCAUUUGGAGAUUAUGCAUAUUGUUUCGUCGAAUUGGGUAGAACUUUGUCUCAUCAACACCGGCGCCGGAACGCCGUUCAUUUCGGCUUUGGAGCUCAGGCCUUUGCCAAACUUCCUUUAUGAAACUAGAUCGGAAUCGCUUGCCACUUUCUUACGCCUUGAUGUGGGCUCUGCUACAAACCUUUCUUACAGGUACAAAGACGACAUUUAUGAUCGAAUAUGGUAUGCGAUGGUUCAACUCCCAGCAUGGACUAUAUUAACAACAACCGAGCCCAUAGACACCAACGACCCUGAGUCCUUCAUGCCCCCUCAGCCAGUGAUGACCUCGGCUGCGACGCCCAUAAAUGCCACCGCUCCCAUGGAAUUCAGUUGGGUUUCGUCAGACGAAACGGCCAAAUUUUACGUCAUCAUGUUUUUCUCCGAGAUCCAGAAGCUUCAACCAAACGAGUCGAGAGUGUUCGAUAUAUUGCUCAAUGGCAAUCCUUGGACCAAAGGACAAAUUUCCUUACCUUACUUACAAGGAUAUGUCUCUUAUAGUACCACACCCAUAACAGGUGGAACUUACGAUUUUGCCCUCGUUAGAACCCCUAAUUCCACUCAUCCCCCUCUCCUCAAUGCCAUUGAAAUUUAUAGGGUCAUUGAUUUCCCUCAAUCACCCACAGAUGAGCAAGAUGUUGAGGGCAUUUUGGAUAUUAAGGCAAUGUAUGAAGUUGGAAGAAAUUGGGAAGGAGAUCCUUGUGUUCCUAGAGAGUUUAUAUGGCAAGGUGUCAAUUGUAGCUUUGUGGAUUCUCAGCCUCCCAGAAUCACACUCUUGGAUCUAUCCUCCAGUGGACUCACAGGGGAAAUAUCUAAAGAAUUAGCAAGUCUUAAAUUGCUAGAGACUUUGGAUUUAUCAAAUAAUAGCUUGAAUGGAGAAGUGCCUGAAUUUCUCACUCAAUUGCCAUCAUUGAGAGUCCUAAAUUUAGAAAGAAACAACCUUUCAGGACGUAUUCCUUCCCAACUCAUUGAGAAGUCCAAUGAUGGUUCUUUAUCCUUAAGCUAUGGCGAAAAUCCAAACCUGUUCAUCAAUACAUCUCCAAGUGAAAAGAAGGGAGAAAGCAACAUAGUUGUACCUUUAGUAGCAUCCGUGAUUGGUGGAUUUGUUCUUCUUUUGUUCAUAAUUUCAGGUGUUAUCUUCUGGAUUAAGAGAAAACAAGGUGUUGUGUUGGGAGAAAAAAAACAAUUGGGCUCAAUUAAAAGAUCAUAUUCUUAUGCUGAUAUCUUGAGAAUUACAAACAAUUUGGAACGAAUGCUUGGAGUGGGUGGCUUUGGAAAAGUUUAUUAUGGUCAAAGUGGUGACACUGAAGUAGCUGUUAAGAUGCUUUCACCUCAAUCAGUUCAAGGGUAUGAUCAAUUUCAAGCAGAGGUUGACCUUCUCCUAAGGGUUCAUCACAGAAACUUGACUGGCCUUGUUGGAUAUUGUGAUGAACCAACCUAUAAAGGACUCAUCUAUGAAUACAUGGCAAGAGGAAACUUGGGAUCUUUUAUUUCAAGUGGAAAAGCAAAAGUUUUGGAUUGGGAAGAUAGACUUCGUAUAGCAGUGGAUUCAGCUCAUGGAUUGGAGUACCUUCACUACGGUAUCAAACCAGCAAUAAUACAUCGAGAUGUAAAAUCUACGAACAUAUUAUUGGACGAAGAUUUUAGGGCAAAAGUUUCAGAUUUUGGGUUAUCAAAAGCUUUCCUUACAGAAAAUGGUGCCUCUCAUGUGAAUGCCACAAAUGUGGUUGGAACUUUUGGUUACAUUGAUCCAGAAUACUAUACUACAUCCCAAUUAAACGAGAAAAGUGAUGUUUUUGGAUUUGGAGUGAUUCUUCUAGAGAUCUUUACAGGAAAACCAGCUUUGAUGAGAGGUCAAGACAAUAAUGUAACUCACAUCUAUAAUUGGGUCAACAUGUUGAUUUCUCAAGGUGAUAUUCGAUCGAUUAUCGACCCAGAAAUGGGAGAAGAUUUCGACGUAAACUCGGUUUGGAAAGCUGUUGAUGUAGCAAUGUCUUGUGUAUCUUCCAAAUCUAAAGAUAGGCCAAAUAUGAGUCAAGUUGUGGUAGAUUUGAAGGAAUGCUUGGCCAUGGAAUCAACUCGUGAUCAUAAGCGCCAUCAUGAAUCUCAAACGAGUGUCGCACAAUGUAGUGCUCUACCUGGUCCCUUGGCUAGAUAAUAGAACAUCUUUUGUACUUCAACAGCAAGCCUAGUUAAGUUAUAAUAUAUGUGUAUUUUACUUUUUCAUUUUUAAGAACCACUAUGUAUUUUGUUUACUACGUUUUUCUUUUUUCUUUUUUAAGAAAAAGAUAUUACGGUAACUUACGAUUUGAGCUGAAAAUUCACUUAUAAAUUUUGUAAAAAUAUAUUUUUGGUUUGUAAGUUUUA